AUGGAGGGAAAAAAUGGAGACAACGGAAAAAUAAGAGAAAGCGAACGAUUGACAAUACAACAAAAUAAAAGCUAUACUCGUCGACCAUUGUCAAAUCGUACGAGUGACAAUUAUCAACUUAAUAAUAAUAAUAAUAAUAAUAAUAAUAGUCGACGUAGUAGUAUAGCAGUGUCAUUACCCGAUGAUAAACAGCAUUAUCAACCACUUAAUAAUCGUCGAUCUGAACGUAUUCAAUCACCGAUGAAUACAUCAUCAGUACAACAAUAUAUUUCUAAUCCUUCUCUUAAUGAUCAACAAGAAAAAAAUCAUCAUUAUCAACAACAACAACAAACAACAAAUGAUGAAGAAACAUCAACAUAUUCAUUUCGACAUGUAACAAAAAAAUUACAACAUGCUAAAUCACAUGGUGAACUUUAUCAACCUUCAGCUCCAUUACCACUUCCACCAAUGACAAAAAUAAAUAAUGAUGAAAAUGAAAUAAAAUAUCAACAAAAACAAUCAUCUGAAUCACCACAAUCAUCAACAUCAGUUAGAACUCGAGCAGCAACAACAAUUGUACCAAUAUUAACACGUCCAACAAUAAAUUUAUCAGAUGACCCAUAUAAUUUAUCAUUACCAUCAUCAACAAAUAAAAUUCCAUUAUGGAAAAGAUUUAAAAAAAUUAUUGUAUCAAAUAAACGAAGUAAAGAAAAUUCAUCAAUUAAAGUUCCAACAUUACAAUUUAAUGAAUUGUCAACACAUGAAACAAAUCGAACAGUUCCCGAUGGUGUUAUUAAUAAUAAUAAUGAUAAUCUUUUACAAAAUUCAAUAAAAUUAAAUGAAUUACGAACAUGGCUUAUUUCAAAAACAUUUCCUGAACAACGUAUUCGUGAUGAAUAUGAAAAAUUACCUACAGAACCUCUUCAUCCUAAAACAUUUGCAUUUCGACCAGAAAAUAAAUUAAAAAAUCGAUUCAAUCAUAUUGAACCAUAUGAUCAUUCUCGAGUUGUACUUAAACCUUUACCAAAUGAUCCAUCAAGUGAUUAUAUCAAUGCAUCCUAUAUAGAUGGAUAUCGAGCAAGCAAAUUAUACAUAGCUGCUCAAGCACCAACUGAUACAACGUUAUAUGAUUUUAUUCGUAUGAUUUGGCAAUUACGUAUACAAUCAAUUAUUAUGGUUACUCGUCUAUUUGAAGAUGGAAAACAUAAAUGUAUUCAAUAUUGGCCAGAUGAAGGUGAAAAACGUGUUAAUGAUUUUAAAAUUCGUAUUGAUAAUGAAGAAAAAUAUGCUGAUUAUACAAUACGUAAAUUAAUUAUAUAUAAUCAAUCAGAGCCUUCAGAUGUGUUACUAGUUAAACAGUAUCAUUUUUUAUCAUGGCCAGAUCAUGGUUCUUUAGCUUUAUCUACACCUUUAUUAGAUUUUCGACAGCGUUUUCGUGCUGAUUAUAAACCACCAAAUCCAAUACUUGUUCAUUGCAGUGCUGGUGUUGGUCGAUCAGGUACAUUUAUUGCUCUAGAUGCCUUAUUAGAAAGAGCUAAAUAUCAAGAUACUAUUGAUAUACUUGAAUUUACUCAUCGAAUGAGAGAAAAUCGAGUAUAUAUGAUACAAACAGUUGAUCAAUAUGUAUUUCUUUAUCGUACAUUAAUUGAAGGAAUUUUAACUAUGGAUGCAAGUAUAUCAUUACAAGAAUUUAUGAUGAUAAGAAAAUUACAUAUGGAUGCUAAAAGUCAAUAUAAACUUUUGGAACAAUUACAGUCAACUAUUGAAUUUUCAUAUCAAGGUGCACUUGAUCCAGCUAAUAUAAAUAAAAAUCGAGUUGAAACAAUUCUUGCUCCUGAUAAUAGUCGACCAUAUCUAAUGACACAAGUUGAUAAAGGAACUGAUUAUAUCAAUGCUGUAUUUGUUAAUUCUUAUCGACAAACACCCAAUUAUAUUGUUACACAAUAUCCAUUACCUCAUACAUGCAUUGAUUUUUGGCGUCUUGUCUAUGAUCAUAAUGUAUCAAUAAUAAUGUUAUUGGAAUCUAUAUUGCGUGAUUCAAAAACUAUUUAUUAUUGGCCUACAGGUAUCGGACAAGUAAUACCUUAUGGACCAUUUGAAAUAGUUAUGAUUUCACAAAAAGAAGAUGAUCAAUUAAUUGAACGAGUUUUUGAUGUGAAAUAUAUAAAUAAAAAUGCAUUUUCUACUACUGAUCGAAUAAGAACAAUACGUCAAUUUCAAAUAAAAGAUAAUUUACAUUUAUUAUUUGUUGUAAAACGGUUUUUAAAAGAAAUGCGUACAUUUAAUGGACAAAAUGUUAUUCUUCAAUGUUUAAAUGGUGCAACAUGGUCUGGUUAUUUUGCUGCUCUAUGUAAUUCCAUUGAUAAAAUGUUAACAGAACAAAUUGUUGAUCCAUUUAAAAUUGUCCGUCUCCUUCGUUCUACUCGACCACAAUUUAUUGAUCAAGAUCAAUAUGAAAAUUUAUUUGUAUCAAUUCGUGAUUAUGUACAACAGUACAUGACUGCAACAUUAGCACAACGUCCAAUUGAAAACUCUUUUUAUGUAGACACAUCUGGAGAUUAUCAAUCCACUGCAACUAAUCGAAAUGUACAACGAUUAUAA